AUGGAUCCUUAUAGAAAUCCUACUUCAGAGUUGAGUGAAUUGAGGAAGCAACUAGAAGAUCUACUUGAAAAGAAGUUUGUUCGUCUGAGUAAUUCAUCAUGGGGUGUGCCAAUGUUGUUAGUUAAGAAGAAGAACGAUAGUGUGAGGCUAUGUGUGGAACAUCUAAGAAUUGUAUUGCAGACAUUGAAAGAGAACCAAUUAUACGUAAAGUUUCCUAAGUGUGAGUUAUGGUUAAGAGAAGUGAGUUUCCUUGGUCAUGUGAUUUCUAGUGGUGGUAUAGUUGCGGAUCUGUCGAAGAUAUAUGUUGUGUUACCAUGGGAGACUCCGAAGUCUGUCACUGAGAUUAGAAGUUUUCUUGGAUUGACUAGUUACUACAAGAAGUUAAUUGAAGGUUUUUCAAAGUUAGCAUUACCGUUAACUUAG